AAUAAUGAAAAAAAAAAUCUUGUCAAGUGGAGUGUUCGUAGGUAAGCCCGUGCGUUGUUUUUUUUGUCGUCUUCAAGGGGCUAACGUUGCUGCAAAGAAGCUGUUCGAAUUUAGUCGCUCCUGAGGAGGAAAUAUGGGGUGCUUCUUUUCUAAGAAAUCCAAACGAAAGUCAGCAGAAAAAGAAGAGCGUGCGCCGACAACGACGACUGUUGAAACUACGACUACAAAUAACGCGGUUCCCCUUGGCAACAACACUGACGAGCCACCGAAGCAGUACAGUUGGGAUAAGAGAGAAAAGGUUGACCCAAAGGACUACAUGCUCACGGGGCUCAAAGAUGUAACCGUGGGCCGCCUGCCAGGCAAACUCAACGGACAACAGUUUGUCAUCCAGGAGUGCGAGAACUGCAACAUCUACGUGUUCGACCACUCCGCUACCAUCACCAUCGACGACUGCGUCAACUGCCGCAUUGUUCUGGGGCCCAUAAAGGGAAGUGUGUUUUUCAGGGACUGCAAAGACAUCAAGUGCGUGGUGGCCUGCCAGCAGUUUCGAACGCGGGACUGCAAAAAGAUGGAGGUGUUCCUGUGCUGCGCCACGCAGCCCAUCAUCGAGUCGUCCACGGGCAUGAAGUUCGGCUGCUUCCAGUACUACUACCCCGAGCUGGCCUUCCACUUCAAGGACGCCGGACUGAGCAUAUUCAACAACAACUGGAGCAACAUACACGACUUCACCCCGGUGUCCGGCGAGACCAACUGGAGCUUGGUCCCGGAAGCCUCGGCCGUUCUGGAUUUUGUCCCGGCGCCUGACCCUGAGUCCGAGUUCAAGUCGGUUCGGGUGUCCGCUGACCCCGCGCGGAGCAUCGUCCCGCUGACAAAGGGAGGGCGGCGGAAGGACAGUGAGGAGUCCUGCCUCUUUGUCUUCUUUGCCGGGGAAUACACCACCGCAAACGCCCGCAAGCUGAUUGAUGAGGCCACCGCUAAAGGCUUUGUGCUGAUUCAAACAAAGGAGGUCUCCAUGCGGCCCGAGGAUGUGAAGAGAGUGUUUCAGAACAGUGCGGAUGAUCUUGUGGAGUGGAUCACAAAAGGUUCGGUUAUUGCCCUGGAGCUGAAUGGUGACGGAGUUGUGGAAGCCUGCAAGAACAUUGCCAGCGAGGUGUUCAGCACCACCAAGCUUUAUGUGUCGGACAACAAAAAUACGUCCUCUCGAGACGUCGACAACUUCUUCAACUUCGCUGACAUGCAAAUGGGCUUGACCGUACGCGUGGCUGGAAUUAAAGCGGACGACGAAACGUGGGCUGAAGGAUGUUACAGGAUGAAACGCCUCAGGUUGUCCAGCAGCAGUGAGAGUUCAGACAAUGAGAGUCCUUCGACCUCUUUCAGCUCCUCGAACAAGUAUGGCAGCACACCUGGAACGCCGGCCUCAAACCCAAAGAAGCCGGCCGAGGUGUUCAGAAAAGACCUGAUAAGCGCCAUGAAGCUGCCUGACUCCCACCAUGUCUCCCCCGAAGACUACUACUUGUUGGCAGACACCUGGAAGCAGGAGUGGGAGAAGGGGGUCCAGGUGCUGGCGAGCCCAGACACCAUCCCUGAGCCAUCGGUCAGAGUUAUCGUGGAGAGGUCCAAAGAAGUGCUUUACACACAGCAGAGGAAGUACAUCCAGUGUAUGAGCCAGGAGUCCACAGAACCGGGAUAUGUCAACAUCAAGGAGCUGGCGGAGGCCAUGUGCCGCUACGAUCUGGACGACAUGGACCUAUACUGGCUGUAUGUUCUCAACCAGGAGCUGGAGCGUAUGGGGGAGCAGCCCAUAGAUGAGCUGACAAUGGAGCGGGCGAUGGAAGCCCUGGAGAGCCAGUGCCACGACAACAUGAAGCACGCCAUCGAAACGGUGGAGGGUCUGGGGAUUGAAUACGACGAGGACGUCAUCUGCGACGUGUGCCGCUCCCCGGACAGCGAAGAAGGAAACGACAUGGUGUUCUGUGACAAGUGCAACAUCUGUGUUCACCAGGCUUGCUAUGGCAUUGUCAAAGUGCCUGUUGGAAACUGGCUGUGCAGGACCUGCGUCCUCGGUAUCGACCCGCAGUGCCUUCUGUGUCCCCAGAAGGGCGGUGCCAUGAAGGCCACGCGCGCCGGGACCAAGUGGGCUCAUGUAAGCUGUGCCCUGUGGAUACCAGAGUGUUCGGUGAAGAACUGCACCACCCCUUUCCACGUGACGUGUGCCUUUGAGCAUAGCCUGGAGAUGAAAACCAUCCUGGACGAGGGGGACGAAGUCAAGUUCAAGUCGUUCUGCCUCAAGCACAGCCAGAGCAAACCCGGCGAGGCCGGCCCGAGCCCGGCCCGCUCCAAGCCUGCCGGAGAUGCCGAGAAGGUGGGCCAGCGGGCGCAGAGACUGCAGGAGCUGGAGGAGGAGUUCUACUCUUUAAUCCAGCCGGAGGAGCUGGCCCGGGCCCUGGGGCUCUCCAAAGUCCUGGUGGACUUCAUCUAUCAGUACUGGAAGCUAAAGAGGAAAUCCAACUUCAACAAAGCCCUGCUGCCCCCUAAAGAGGAGGAGGAGAAUCUGGUGCCGCAGCCUCACGAGGACAGCAUCCACACACGCAUGCGGAUGUUCAUGCACCUGCGGCAGGAUUUGGAGCGGGUGAGGAACUUGUGUUACAUGGUGAGCCGGCGGGAGAAGCUGAAGCUGCUGCAGAGCAAAGCGCAGGAGCAGAUGUUCAACUUGCAUGUCAAGCUCAUCAACCAAGAGCUGUCAGCUGGCCACCCUGCCUCGUUCCCAGUUGACAACGUGCUGUUCCACCCUCCUCCGAAGAUCACGCUCAAACUCAAGAUGCCCAAAGCUCUGAGUCUCGGCAACGGAAACCCCAAUUCCAAAUCUGGGCACGGUCCCCUCUGCCCCGACCACAGCGGCAAUGUUGGGGGACCAGCGGCCGAAGGGCUGGGCAAAGGAAAGCCCCAGCUGAACAGCCGAGGCCUCCGAGAGGAGCGCGCCAACGGCCGACUGUCCUCCUCCGCCCACCCGGGCGGCGCGGCGCCGGCCACCAAGCCGGGCGGCAAACCGCUGGCUCUGCACGCCGUGCUCCACGGCCACGCCUCCAACAGCAACGGCAAACUGGACAAAGACCGAUCGCGUGCGGCCAAAGCCAACGGCGUGUUGGACAAGCUGGUGGCUCAGAAAGACGGUUCCUGCCAGACGCCCGGUGACCGGGACACUCCCAAGGAGGCGUUGGACAAGAGUAGCUUUCGCAAGUCUGCCAUGGAGCACUUUGGCAGGUCGUUCAAAGAGGCCACCAUUAACUUGGUACGGACAACAGACCAGCGGGCCUCGGAGAAAGUGUCCCGGAAGAGCUCAGCCAAAGAGAGAUUCUGGGCCAAGCCCGUGCCCGAACACAAAGCCAGAAGCGCGCGGUCCUACCAGGACAGCGACGGAUACUGCCCCGACCUGGAGCUCAGCGACUCCGAGCCGGAGGCCAAAGGGCGCCGCCGGCAGCAGGCCCGGCCGCCGCCGCCGCCGCCACAGCCCGGCGCCACAAAGAAAGGAAAGCAGUCCUCAAGCUCCAGGCACAACACGCAAAGGUGACGGGCCACCGCUCCACGUCGGACCCCACCCACCGCCGCCGCCAGGCUCUCCACAACAGCCCGGCCCAUUCCAGCCAAGUGGCGGGCCGGUUCUGGUAGCGCGCGUCUGCCAGGGAGCAGGCCGCAGCACCCAGGGUGCUGCGACACCAAACAGAGGACACGGGAACACCGAGGGGCUUCGGUUUUUAGGAGCGCCGCCCUGCCAGAGCGAGGCAGAAACGCCUUUUGGGAGAGAGAAGCAAAUCUGUCUUGUCAUUUGAGAUUAUCAUGCUUGCCUUCUAUCUGUGACCAAGUCGUGCUCCACAAUCAACGCCUGUUCCUCAAACUCAUUCAGGUUCAUAUGGACUUUUGACUAGAAUUGCAGUCUGUCAAGAGUUUGUUUUUAAUAGAGCCACAGAUGUUCCCACUUUUGUCACUAAGAUAAUAUUGUGCCCAGAAAUUCUAACAGACUUCACUAAUUUUUUUUUUUUAGUUCUUCAAGAUCUGCCUGUUUCUUCCACACUGGGUGUUACCGUUGACCCCUUUUUUGAACAGAUGAGCCAGGAAAAUGCUAAUAUUUUGACAUUUGUCAAGCUUAGUCUUCUUUUUUUUUUAUAUACACUACUGCCUUCUGUGAGUAGGAAUGCUUGUCUGUGAACUAUCUGAACGUGUUGCUGGUUCCAAUAAAAUGCAAUACAAUCACUACAUUUGUUUCUCAAUACGGGAAAAGGCACGGGGGGGUACAUUUAUUAUUAUUAAAUUGCUCUUCGGUAAAGUCAUCUGGAUGUGUAAAAGCAAUGGCUGAUCGUAGAUCAUCAUCUUAACUGGCUUUAUCAUGAAAGAUGAUUCAUUCUGAAUAAUAGUGGCGGAACCUUCGUCUUCCCAGUUUUCACUGGUAAUUGCGUCCCUGACUUAGUGCGAAUGGCUCAUUGAACUUGGAUACUUUGCCCUUCUAUUUUCCUGCACAAUGUUGUAUUUCACACGAUCUCCAAUAAAGCAAAACCCAACAUCGGAAUAAAAGGCAAUAAAAACUUCAGUGACUGAAGAAUGGUG